AUGCCUCCUCAGAGUCUCAAUGGCAUUCACAGAACCCUUAGUUCCCCUUACAAUGCCUCUGCGCACAUAACUUGGGUUACCCGCCACAAAACCCUCAAUGCCUCCACUCGAUAUACAUCCACAUCCACAUCCACAUCCACAUCCACACCUUCGCAGAACAAGAGCAGAAAAAUCCUGCGCAACCUAAAAUAUGAGCCUGCUCAUUGGUCGUCAUCAUCCUCACCCUCUCAAUGGCCAUCACCGAUAUCCCAUAUAGCCCAGUCUCUUCAGUCCCGCGCCUCGAGGACAACGGAAACAUAUACGGCGUAUGGAGCUACGAAGAAGAUGUUCGAGGCUUGCCAACUUCAGGCCGACUAUACAAUUCCUCAAGCUUCUCAACCUGGCGCAAUAGUACCAAAGACUACCCAUGGUGAGGAUUUGGGCAUAGGCGAGGGAGCAUGGCAUAAAGAACUCGGCCUCCUCCCAACCUUCUCCACCUGGUCCCAGGUCACCUUCCUGCAUAUGUACCUUAUAACCGUGCGUCUGCGCACUCUCCCCUCCCCCGAGAGCUUCCGCACUUACUCCCAGCACCUCCUCGACUCUUUCUCCCACAACGCGGAACAUCGCAUGACCAUCUACCACGGCAUGACUAUGCGCGGCAUCCGCAACCGCUACCUCAAAGACCUCUUCAUCCAAUGGCGCGGGGUCCUGGCUGCUUAUGACCAGGGUCUUGUAUCCGGAGACGCUGUAUUGGGAGUUGCUGUGUGGAGGAAUAUCUGGAAGGCAUCACACAUGAAUCCGAAAGCGGGGAAUGAAAAUCACCUAGAGGAUAUGGAUUGGGAGAAAGUGGCAGUAGUUGUUGCGUAUAUGAGACGGGUGUUGGUCGGCCUCAGCCAGGUUCCGGAUGAGAGUUUGGUGGAUGUCGUUAAUGGCAAGGCUGCUGAUGGUGGUAUCAAGAGCAUUUUUGGAAUUACUCGACAGGAUUGGGCCUUGGUUGGGACUUCAAGUAAGGGGAUGAAUGAGCCGUUUGCUCCCGUCCACAACGGAUAA